AUGGUUGAAUUAAAAGUCAAAAAGGAAUUAGUUGAUUAUAGUGAUGAUGAAGUUCCUGGGAUGUUUCAACUUGGUAAUGAAAAAUACUUUCAAGUGGAAAAGGCAAAAAAUACUUAUGCCCAAAAUAAAUUUCAAAAAGAAGGAAUUAAGAUAAUCCAAAAUAUUCCUACAAAUGUUGCUGAAGAGGGUCUAGGGGGGUACUCUGUACCUCCAAUUAUGUCUCCCCAUAUUCAAGAAUAUAUUAACGAAUUAGUCAACAAAGAAUAA